CCUGGGGCUCAGGCAAUCUGCAUCCUUCCUGUAUCUGCAUCAUUAGAGCUUGGGCUGAGGGAUUACCACCACCACCAUCUGCAGCAGCAGCACAUCCACAAUGGGUCUUGUGAAGUGUUUACUGCUUGCAGCUGUCUGCAUGCAAGUUUCCACCAGACCUCUGUCCAGCCAGCUGUCCCAAGAAGAAGAAAAGGUCACAAGAUGCAUCAUGGAGGUCCUGUCCGAAUCGUUGUCUUCAUCUGGGCCCAAAAGGGUCAGCAGUAGCUGCAUCCAAAUACUCAAAGAAGAUGAGCGCCUGAUCUCCAUGCUGCGGCACCAACACUUGCUCAGAGAACUUGAGGAUCUGACUGAUCAAGAAAAAUCUCAACUAGAUGCAGAAAGGGACAGUAUAGAAGAAGAAGAGAUUAAAAAGAGGACGAGUGAGACUCAUAUACCGCCUCCCAAAAGAGAUUUGAAGCCCAAAAGAGGAUCUGAGAAUGAAGAAUCAAAAGAGUUUGAGAAAAUAGAAAAUGUGCAGGUGAAGGAGAAAGAGAAGGAGCAUGGCACAUCAGCAGAAGAGAAGGUGAACAAGCUGCUGGAGGAAGAAGAGGAUAAAAGGAAUGCUCCUGCUAAGAGAGGGAGUGAUGCGUCAAAAAGAGACGGGAAAGAAGUACGAAGGGAAGACAAAAAACAGUUUAGCAAUGAGAGUGAUGAAGACAGCUCAGAGGAACGAGAGCAUGAGCAGGGCCACCAUGGGCCCCUCAAUGGUUGGUAUCACAGGAACCAUGAAGGGUGGGAAGAAAGAAAAAGAGGUUCACUGAGAAGGAUGGCAGAGGACCCCAGUCAGGAAGAAACAGCCCAGUUUGAGUCUGAAGAUAGAGGCAUGAAAUACUUUAAUGCCAAGACCCAUAUGCAUGGUUUUCAUGGGGAAGACAAGAGGCAUGUCCACCACCCAGAUAAUGCCUAUUAUAAUGAUGAGGAGAAUGAGAUGGAAAGGCACCAUUAUAAUGGAAAUUAUGAACACAGAGAAGAGGAAGAGGAGAGAGAGUUGGAGGAAGAACGUGAGGAACACAGAGCUAAGGAAAGGGACAUCCAAGAGGUAGAGGAAGAGCUGAGGAAGGCAGCAGAACAACUGGAGGAGCUUCACCGGGGCUAAGAGAAGAAGAACGCUUCCUGAAUCUUCUGUCUUCCAAACUAUAAUCUGCCGACGCUUUGCACGUGUUCUUGUACCCUGUAUAUACAAAAUUCUUCUGUAUGCUGUUUGCAGAAUGGGGCAGUGUUUUUGUAGUUAUAUUAUAAUGUUAAGCUUUGGCAAUACACUCAGACAGAUACUGGGUUUGAAGUCACAGAGAUUACGUACAGGGUAUGUCCACAUUUUCCAAAGUUGUUUCUUACCCUGAUAGUACCUGAUGAAUUUGAUUGGAUUUGGCUGAUUGUACUCUCAAUACUAAUAUUAAUAUUCUUCUUCUUUGCCUUACAAUGUUACUUUUAUAAAUCUUUUGCUCAUUAAUUAUAUUACAAAUAGUUGAAGAGAAGCAAUAUUAGUUGCAUUCAGAAGCAGAAGGUCCUUGUCAGUAAGGGAGAUAUCUACAAGACUACAUCUUCCAUUGUUCAUUGAUGUCUGUCCGGUGAUAAUUUUCAUGUUUUGCUCUGAGAACCGA